ACCCCAGGCAUCGUAAUGUUUCUCUGUGGCAGUGACGGACAGAAUUUGGUUACAGAAGACGUGACCGUCGUAGAGGGGGAAGUUGCCACCAUCAGUUGCAGAGUCAAAAACAGUGACGACUCCGUGAUUCAGCUCUUGAAUCCCAACAGACAGACGAUUUAUUUCAGAGACUUCAGACCUUUGAAGGACAGCAGGUUUCAGUUAGUGAAUUUCUCUAGCAGCGAGCUCAGAGUGUCGCUGACAAAUGUCUCCAUUUCGGACGAAGGAAGAUAUUUCUGCCAACUCUACACGGACCCCCCACAGGAAUAUUUCAUGACGAUUACAGUGCUCGUCCCACCUCGUAACUUGAGGAUUGAAUCCCAGAAGGACACUGCAAUGGAAGGAGAAGAGAUUGAGCUGAAUUGCACAGCAAUGGCCAGCAGACCAGCCACGACAAUCAGAUGGUUCAAAGGCAGCAAGGAGCUCUCUGGCAAAAUAGAAAUGGAGCAGUGGUCAGACAUGUACACAGUGACCAGCCAGCUUUCGUUGAAGGUCAAGCGGGAGGACGAUGGGGUUCCUGUUGUCUGUCAGGUAGACCAUCCAGCCGUCAAAGACUUGCAGACCAAGUACUACCUAGAUGUCAUGUAUAAACCUGAAGUGCAAGUUUUGCAGAAUUCCCCAGGGCAGCAACUAACGAGAGAAGGAGACUUCCUUGACCUUCUGUGCCAAGUAAAGGGGAAACCAGAGCCUAUAGACGUGACGUGGUUAAAAGUAGAUGACGAGAUGCCUCAACACGUUAUAGUGUCAGGUUCCAACCUCCACAUUGACAGCUUAAACAAAAGUGAUAAUGGCACAUACCGUUGUGAGGCUUCAAAUGAAGUGGGAUCGGCCUUUUCUGAUUACACACUUUAUGUAUACGAUCCCCCCACAACUCUCCCUCCUCCCACAACAACCACCACCACUACCAUCCCUACCACCACCACCACCACCGCAGACACAACGGCGACGACAGAACCGGCAGUUCACGGCUUUACUCAGUUGCCAAAUUCCGCCGAAGAGCUGGACUAUGGGGACCUCUCAGAUUCUCGAGCGGGCGAGGAAAGCGUCAUCACUGCUGUGGACCAUGCUGUGAUCGGUGGGGUCGUGGCUGUCGUGGUCUUUGCGAUGCUCUGUCUCCUUAUCAUUCUGGGACGAUACUUUGCAAGACACAAAGGUACAUAUUUCACUCACGAAGCCAAAGGAGCUGACGAUGCAGCUGACGCAGACACAGCUAUAAUCAAUGCAGAGGGAGGACAGAACAACUCCGAAGAGAAGAAAGAGUACUUCAUCUAGAUCAGUCUUGGUUUCCACGAGGUGUCCCAGCUGCGGACGGUGACUGGCCCUGCGUAGAAGAAAAAGACAGUGAUGUCGGAAGUCGCUACCAGCUUAUGGCGUUUUCAAUUUGUCUCUUUCUGUCUUUUUCUUUUAUUUCUUUUCUCUUCCAGUGCUAUUUACUUUCCUUUUUAUUUUAAAUGAAUGGUUGACGAAGUGUGUGGGAGUCGAGGAGUCCCUAUGUGAAAGUGUUCUUUGUAAAGUACACUCUGCUGUUUGACACCUCAAUUUCUUUGGGUUUUUAAUUCUCGGGCCAAGUCCAACUUGGAUUUAGUUUAGUUCCAUCAUUUGCAGAAAAUUCUGUGCCUUGUUUUAAUUCUUGUUUCGUUUGAGGGAGGGGUGGGGGGAGGAGGGGGAGAGCAUACGGUUUUAUUUUUUAUUUUUUUUCUUCCUAGCCUCUCUUGGAAUUGCCUGCUGGGAUCCCUUGAAAAUAGAUUUGUUUUCUUUUCUUUUAAAUGUUUUAUCUUCAUUUUUUUUUAAAUAAAUAAAUCCUGGGUUGUUUUUUGUUAUUGUUGUUUGAAACUGUGUCAUCAAAGGAGAACCAGCACACCUUAGAUUUCAUUGUUUGAAAUUCAGUGUAUUCAUAAUCCAUUCUACUCCCUUGUCGUGAAAGCUUGGAAGAACAAACUUUUUAGGAGAAUGGUUUGCAGCUGCCCAGGUUUCCAAUGCAGCGAAGACUAGGAAAUAGGCUGAGACUUUGAAACCAUGUCCUGCUUUUCAUUGAGACACGGAAGCGUGCCGAGUGAUCCGCGCCCCAAGCGCACCCCCAGGAGAGCCGUGGCUGCUUUUGUUUGGUGUCUUUCUAGACCCCUCUGCGCCGGGCGCCUCAUUCUGCCUGGGCAGGAGCUGGGCAUCGAACGCAUCGCCCUGGUUCUUGCCCGAAACAGCCACGACAGAUGAGGGCCUGCUCCUUUCGCGCAAGUAGGCAAAUUUGGGUUGUCACAGGAGGGAACGUGGGGAGGGAGGGAAGAGGAAGUUCUGCUCUAAUUAUUUCUGUUCCAAACGAUCCCAUCAACUGCUCCCAAUUGGCCUCACAUCGCGGUAAUUUGCUGGAAACAGAAAAAAAUCUUUGUGAUGUGAAAGGAAUGUGAAUCGGCCGCCAUUUCCCCCCCCCCCUUAUUAGUAGUAGUAUUUCUGUCUUGGUUUAUCCCUUCUUUUCUUUUGUACUUUGUUAAAGAGGGCACAGAGAGUGGCACUAUGAUUGCAGCCUGCAAGUACUGUACAUUACAGAUAUUUGUCAUGCUGAGGUAUCCAAGCAGAGACUGUGUGAAACUUUUCAUUCCUUCGGAUUUGACUUGACAAAAGGCAGGAGGGGAGAGAAGGAAAGUGGGGGCUUGUUUCUGUGCUGGACUGCCCUGCUUCUCUGUUCCGGAAAGGUCAGAGCAGAGGUGGAAAAAUCAGCGUGGCGGUUUCUCGGUUCCUUAAUCCAAACUCUGAAUGCCGAGAGUGUUUGUGGUUGUUUGGUUUUGCUGUACUUCCCUUUUUCCCUGGCUUCCCCCCCCUUCUGAACAGUCCUUGGCCCUCCUUCCUCAGCCCUAGGAGUCACCUGCCAAUAAAUUACUGAACCUUGCAUGAUGGUAGCCAUGGUGCAGUGAUAACUAAAAAUAAGUUUACUUUAUGAAUGUUGGAAAACUGAAGCCUUAGCAGAAAGUGAGCCCAAAUCCGGGUGCCCCGUCUGCCAUUUCCUUUACCCUCCUGGGGAGGGAAUCUUGGACAUCCCCCUCUUUAAGGGUGCAUGAGGGAGUGGAGAAGUUGGGCCCUUUCUAAAGGAUUUUAAAAGGAGGAGGACGCAUCCUGUGAACUGGAAUUACGAGAAGGCUCCAGAAGUUGGGCUGACUCACAGGAAAGCACGGAAUUCAGAAUUUUAGAUGAGGAAUUUUGGGGGCUGUCGUGUUACUUACUUGCAAAGAUUUAUUGGUGUGGGGAGGGGAAUAUCAUCUCUUAAAUGUCAACUUCUUGUUCGUUUGUUUUUAAAAAAUAUAUUUAUUUUUUAAAUUAUUGGCAGAACCACUUGGAUGCUACUUUUCAGUGACAGAUCUGGCUUGCAAAGCGAUAUACAUUUUUGUACAGUAUUUCCCUUUUUCUCCUUUCACAACCAUGAAAAUGCAGUUGACCUUUUCCUGCUCCAGCAAAGUUUUGUAACACCCAACUCUUGUUUCUCAGCCUUCUGGCCCACUUGAGGCAACAGACCAACCACACCUGACGGGCAAAGACCGCUCUGAAAUAGCGUGGGGAGAGGUGGGGCGGGGGGGGGGCUUUUUCUACACAUCGGUCACAGAACUGGCAUCCUGUUUCCUGAGCAGCUCAUCUUUGUUUUGAAAAGUGUACAGUAGUGCCGUGUUCCCGAUGUAACUUUGACUUAAUAAUGUUGACAUGUCUCAGGUUCAUGUGUUUUGAUUGGUGUUUUCCGUCUCAGGUAGAUUGCAAAUUUUUUGGCCCCACACGUUGGAAGAGAUCACAACGAGCAACCACAACAGGAAAUUAUGGGUUUUAGUUGUAUACCAAGUUUAAAGGAUUAUUUUUUUGUUUCUGCAAGUAUACAGUGCACUGUUUGAAAUGUAUUGUUAGGUAUUGAUUUGUACAGGUUUAGAUUACAAGGGUUUUGUUAAGAGUGGAGAAAGAACAAACUUGUUUCUUGGGGUUUUGUGGUUUGGAUCUUUUUUUCUUUUAACAACAAGAAAGGAACGUUGACCAGAAAAGCAAAGGAUGCCGCAUAAUUGAUGCCAAAUAAGCUUGUUCUUUACUCACCCUCGGACCUUUUUUACUUUCGCCCCCUUAGGCCGAUUCUGUUUAAGGUGUCCAUGGACGACGUUGCAGUGUAAGAAAACGCAUAUCCAUAUCUUCCCAUUCACAUUUUGUAUUCGUUCAUGUAUACCAUUUUUACAAAGAAAAAGAAGUACUAUAAAGUAUCUGUCUUCUUAAUAAAAACAAAUUAAUGUUACAAAACUA